GUGCAGAAAAAUUUCCCAAACAAAAGACACAAACAUAUAGUUCGUAUCGUGUGCGAAUAUAAGUAUUGUAAACUAUAUCUUUUAUCAGUUAUUUAAAAAAAUUGUUAUUAUAUUAUGAAUAUUAAUAGUGUCAUUGAUAACAAAAAAUGCGAAAACGUUAAUAGUUUGUACGAACAUUGGUCUCCAUAUCACUUAAAAGUUUGAACUAUAAAUCAACUCUGUCGCAAUCCAAUUUGGUGAAAGACAGACAUUUCUGUAAAUUUUAUUACGAUUCCGUCGUUGGUUUAAUGAGUUCUCGCCUAUGGGUGCAUGUUUAACGUUAGAACGAGAUGAGAUCGCUGCCCGGCGACGUAGUGAUGAAAUCGACAAGCAAUUGGAUGCAAUGGCCAAAGAACGGCCGAGAAUUUUAAAAAUUCUCUUACUGGGAGCCGGUGAAAGUGGGAAAAGUACGUUGGUCAAGCAAAUGAAAAUUAUCCACACCGAUGGAUUUUCCACGAGUGAACUUUGCGCCUUCCGACCGACCGUGCUGGACAACUUAUUGGCUUCGAUGAAAUAUGUCUUGACGGGAAUGGGCUUACUUCGCAUCAACUUAGAACAUCAGUCCAACAAACGUUAUGCCGAAGCAGUCCUUUCUAGUCCCAGUUGCUUUGAUAUGGAAUUUAAGAUUGUCGAUAGUGUGCGCAGUGCAUUGAAAGUUUUGUGGAAAGAUCGCGGAGUGCGAAUGGCAGUCGUUAGAGGUUACGACUAUGAACUGAAUGAUUCGGCGCUUUAUUUGUUUGAAAAUAUGGAACGAAUUUGCGACGAAAAAUAUGUUCCAACACCAACGGAUGUCCUGAGAGCUCGAGUUCGCACUAACGGAAUUAUAGAAACCAAUUUUCGUGUUAAUGACACCAUAAUCAGCAUGUAUGAUGUCGGAGGACAACGUUCUCAACGUCGCAAGUGGGUGUAUUGCUUUGAAGAUGUGCGUGCCGUUUUAUUUGUGGUCGCAUUAAGCGGCUACGAUAUGACGCUACUGGAAGAUGGUACCGUCAAUCGAUUAGAGGAAAGCCUAAAUUUAUUUGAGCAAAUCGUCAACAAUCGUUGGUUCAAAGAGGCCUCAUUCGUUUUAUUUCUGAACAAAUUGGAUUUGUUUAGAGAGAAAAUUAUGUCGUCCACGCGUCACUUGAGACUAUUCUUUCCCGAGUAUUCUGGAAAAGACAAAAACAUCGACGAAGCGGCACUAUUUAUUCAAAAUAAAUUUUUACAACGAAACCACAACGCACGAAAGGUGAUCUGUCCACAUUUUACAACAGCAACUGAUACAGCGAAUAUUCAAACUGUUUUUCAAGUUGUCAUGGAAACUGUUAUCAAGGAAAAUCUCGGUAAUGUUACGCUUUUGUAAGUUGUGUAAUUUUAGGCCAGGCACUUAGCACUUAGUUUAGCUGUGUAAUGUGAGUCUUAAAAUUUUGAUUUUGAUUUGAAACUGUAAUGUAUACAAAUGUAAAAUUAUCGUGCGGUCAUGGUUCCUUACCGUUAACCAGAGCCUAACAUUCAGAAAAUGAUUUUGUUAAAUUCAGUGAAAUGCUGUCGAAAUGGUCGCUAGGUUUAGCGAUGUAACUAGGGGGUAAGCAUCGAGUCGAGUGUAUUCAUUCAUUUUACCUAAAUAACAUUAAGUUUUUGAUCAGCGCACUUCAAGCAUGAGUGGCACUCGAAAUAGAUUAGUGAAAUUGGACAGAAUUUGCAUAAAACUUUUCAUAUAAAAUAGUACUAGGUUUGACAGCUGUUAUUUAAAGCACUUUUGCUUGAAAUGUGUUGGUUUGAUUCGAAAUAUUUUACUUCAUUAGUUUCAACAUAUAAUCUAUAUUAGCCAGGUCGCUUAUUUUUGUGGUUGCAAUGGUUAACAGAUGGAAUAAACUAUCUGUAAAAGAUUAAAUAGAAAGAGAACACCUUCAAGAACCCUUGAGUUACGGGUGAAGCGAUCGAUCCUUUCAUGGACUGUCAUUCAUCUGUUGUAGACACCGAUGUUAAAACUAAACGACGAUCUCAGGCGUGUCAAGCAAAGAAAAAUUGGAAGAGAUUGUAUUGCACGUCGGAAACGUAUUUUAAACUUCGUUCUCAGUUCUUAUUUAGUGGAAGGCAUGUUAAAAGAAAUGAAGUAAAAGAUUUCGCAUUAAUAUCUUGAAAACUGUUCUAUCAAAAGACUGUGGCCGACUGUGGCAGUCGAAUGAAAGUGGAAAUUUUCUAAAGUCCUCAGUUCAGGUCAAACUCUACCAGUUGAUACAAUCAAUAAGGGUAGUAACAGAUCUCCAUUCGGUUGCGAAACAAAAUGAGAAACACCACAGCAGAAUCAUGACCGAAUAGCGAACGUUAUGAUAUGCUGCAACGCACUUCAAGCAAAAGUGCUAUUAACGACAGCUGCCAAAUAGAGUAAUAUUUUGUAUGCAAUUUUAU